AUGCUGUCGCCAGAUCAGCACCACGCCGCACUCGCCCUGGCGCUCGCCCAAGGCGCGCUGAAGCUCGUCCCGCUGCGCCCAGUCGGGCCCGCCGGCGGCGGCGGCGCGGCACAGGCGCAGGCGCAGGCGCAGCAGCAGGCGGGGGGGCACCUGCCCGUGCUCAUCCAGCUGCCGCUGGCCGCGGCGGCCGGCGCGCCGUCGCCGCUGCCAUGCAUCAACGCUGCUUCUGCAGUGGCGGCGGGGGCAGCACCCGACGGCCCACACACAGCUGACUGCAGCGACCAGCAGCAGCAGCAGCAGCAGCGGCAGCAGCAGCAGCAGCAGCAGCCUCAGAGGGACAUGGCUGCGGCGGCUGCAGAGGCAGCAGAGGAGGAGGCGGACGCUGCGGCGCUCGCCGCGGCGGCGGCCGCGCAGGAGGCCGAGGCGGUGGCGCAGGAAGCGGCCGCCGCAGCCGUCGCUGCCGCCGCUGAAGAGGCCGCGCAGGCGCGCGCGAGCGCGGCCGCCGAGGCGUCCGCCGCGGCCGCCGCGGCGGAGUCCGCGGUGGCGGCUGCUGCCGCGGCGGCGUCUGCUGCGGCCGCGGCAACCGCCGCGCCGCCGGCGCCCGAGUUUUGCUCGAUGCCCCUGCCCAAGCCGUCCCCUCUGCUGUGCUCUGGCCUGCCAGUCAUGCAGCCCUCCCCGAUGCUCACCAGCCUCGGCGCGGGCGCCGCCGCGGCGCCGCUGGGGAUGAUGGAGCCACCGCCGCUCUACCUGCAGGCCCCGCACGAGCACAUGGGGACCCCGCGCCGCGCCAUGAACGGCCACGCGCACGCGCAUGGGCUGUCGCCCGUGCACAGCAGCGGCGGCGGCAGCGGGCCGCGCGCGAACGGCGGAGGGCUUGCAGCGGGGGAUGUCGAGAUGUUGGACUUUGGGGGGUUUGACGGGCACGGGGAUGCGGUGGCGGGGUUGGGGCAGCGCGCGGCCAGCAGGGAGCUUGACUUUGACUUGGAGCCCCUUGUCGAUGAUUUGUGGUGA